CUUUUUCACUUCCAGAUCUUACGGAGCAGUUUGCACCUCCUGAUGUUGCUCCACCGAUUCUUAUCAAGAUAGUAGAGACAAUUGAAAAGAAAGGUCUGGAGUGCUCAACUUUGUAUGGAACACAAGGCUCAAGCAGCUCAGCAGAAUUAAGACAAAUUCUUGAAUGUGAUGCCUCUUCGUUGGAUUUAGAGACAUUUGAUGUGCAUACUUUAUCAGAUGCUCUGAAGAGGUAUCUCCUGGAUCUGCCAAAUCCCAUCAUUCCAGCAGCUGUUUACAGUGAUAUGAUUUCUGUAGCUCAAGAAGUGCAGAGCUCAGAGGAAUACGCUCAGUUGCUGAAGAAACUCAUCAGAUCUCCAAAUAUACCUCCCCAGUAUUGGCUCACACUCCAGUAUUUGCUCAAACAUUUCCUCAGAGUUUGUCAAGCCUCCAGCAAAAAUCUCUUGAAUGCAAGGUCUCUGGCUGAAAUUUUCAGCCCUCUGCUUUUCAAAUUCCAGCUAGCAAGCUCUGAUAAUACUGAACACCACAUAAAAAUCCUAGAGAUUUUAAUCACAAGUGAAUGGAGUGAGAGACAGCCUGUACCAG